GGCCUUGGAUUUUAGUGCGUGGAUUUCCUCAAAUUCUACAAUCUCGAACGCAAUGGACCUGGAUCAGCACUGCAGCACUGGAGAGCAAAACCAGCAGCAACAGCAGCAUCUAAGCUCCGAUCAAGCUUCCGGCUCCUCCAAUCACCUGCAAUUGCCGCCGGGAUUUCGAUUCCACCCCACGGACGAGGAGCUCGUCGUCCACUACCUCUCCAGGAAGCUCGCGUCGCACAGCUUCAAGCCGCUUCCCAUCGUCACCGAGGUGGACUUGUACAAGUUUGAUCCGUGGGAGCUUCCCCAGCAGGCAAGCUUUGGAGAAAAGGAGUGGUAUUUCUUCAGCCCCAGGGACCGAAAGUACCCCAAUGGAGUUCGUCCCAACAGGGCGGCCGCGUCAGGCUACUGGAAAGCCACUGGCACGGACAAGAUGAUCCACAGCUCCGCCGACGGCAGGAAGAUUGGAGUGAAGAAGGCGCUCGUCUUUUACAAAGGACGAGCUCCAAAGGGCGUCAAAUCCAACUGGAUAAUGCACGAGUACCGUCUCGUGGAUCCAAACAACAAGGCUCUCUUCGCCAGGAAGCGAGGAUCACUGCGGCUGGACGACUGGGUGCUAUGCCGAAUUUACAAAAAGAAGGCGAAAGCGUACAGCAGGACGAGCGUGAUUAAGAGUGAGUCGAGAAGGACGGGCAAUGGGAGCACGGUGGAGGAGGAUAUACUGGCGUCUCUCCCGGAGAUUGGGAUGGAUGACCAGCACGACAAUUUGAGUGUGAGGAGGCUCGCAGCGAGCACCAGCAGUGACCCUUUUGUCCAGGCGCUGCUCUCCGGCGGUCAGGAGAGCUCGGCAUCGCAAAUCUUGAGCCUUUCCUUGGAGAUGAUGCGGAACAAGCAGCAGCAAAGCGUGAUGUUCCCUGGGAAUCGAUCGGCUAGCGGAGGAGGAUCAUGGCAAUUUGGAAGCAUGCUGAUCGAUCCGAGCUCGCAGCCUGAUAUGUCAGCAGUGGGUUCCAGCACUGGAGUGGCGCUGCCGUCGAGCGCUUUGGAGGAGAGGCCAAUCCCUAGUACUUUGGAGCAAGAUUUCCAGCAUCAACACCAGGCUCUGGCAUUUCCUCAAAACCAAGUCGUCCAGGAUUUCAUCUCGAGAACUCCAACUCCAACUCCACCCCUGUUGUUUCCCGGCUCAAGCAACAACGCCUUCCAUCACCAAGUCAACGUAGUCAACUAUACUCAACUUUAGCUCCAGAUUAUUCCACGCCACAAGGCCAUGUUAUGAUAGAAUCAGCAACUAGAAGCACCAAAGUCAAUAACUUGAAUGCGAUG